UUGAGCUCCAACAACUCGUCGAAUGAGUUGGAACCGCGAACGAGAGCGCCUCUCUUGGAUUUAUCGCGAAACCUUUCUUUUCGUUUGACGUUUUCAGUGAAAACCACGAAGGUCUCAAGAUGACAAACUCAAAAGGAUACCGCCGCGGCACCAGGGACAUGUUCUCCCGCCCCUUCCGGAAGCGCGGAGUCAUCCCUCUGUCCACCUACCUGAAAGUCUACAAGAUCGGCGACAUUGUUGACAUCAAGGGCAACGGCGCCGUGCAGAAGGGCAUGCCAUACAAGGCGUACCACGGCAAGACCGGCCGAGUGUUCAACGUGACGGAGCACGCUCUGGGCGUCAUCGUGAACAAGCGCGUGCGACACCGCAUCAUCCCCAAGAGGAUCAACGUGAGGAUUGAGCACGUGAGCCACAGCAAGUGCCGCGAGGACUUCCUGAAGCGCGUCAAGGAGAAUGAGAAGAAGCUGAAGGAGGCGAAAGCAAAGGGAGAGUUCGUGAAUCUGAGGCGCAUCCCAGCUCAGCCUCGUCCCGCCACCAUCGUCAAGGACGCCCCAGAGCCAAUCGUCCUGGCGCCCAUCCCGUACGAGUUCAUCGCCUAAGGAGGGUCUGAAUAAAAGGCACUGACACGGUA